CGCUCCCAACCCGGGGGCGGCCAUGGCGGCGUUGGGGCUGCUCGGCGCGAGGGCGGCCCGGCUGGCGGGGCUCGUCCCGCCCCCGGCCCCGGCCUCGGCCGUGAGAUUUGCGUCCAAGAAGACGGGUGGAAGUUCCAAGAACCGUGGAGGGAAAGCUCCGGGCAAACACUACGGCGUCAAAAAGUUGGACGGUCAGUACGUCCACGUGGGCAACAUCAUCGCAACUCAGCGCACUUUUCGCUGGCACCCAGGAGCCCACGUGGGGCUGGGCAAGAACAAGUGCCUCUUUGCGCUGGAGGAAGGGACCGUGCGCUACACCAAAGAAGUGUACGUGCCCCCCCCCGGCAACGCCGAGGCCGGGGACGUCAUCCGCCGGCUCCCCCAGGGCGCCGUGCUCUACAAGACCUUCGUCCACGUUGUCCCCGCCCAACCAGUGGGCGCCUUCAAGCUGGUGGCCAUGCUCUGACGCCGUGGGCCGGGCACGAGUACCCACGGUUGGACCCUUGGACGGGCCGGCGGGGGCCGGCGGGCUGAGCGCGUGCGGCGAAGCCGGAAUAAAGGAGGUUCCGCGCA